AUUAAUAUCUUAUGCAAAAGAGGUACGCUUUAUGAUGGUUUGUUGUUUUUGGGAGUAUUUUUAGGAGGGGUUUUUACCCAAAUGCUGUGACUUUUAAUUGUCUCAUUAAUGAUCUUUGUAUGGAGGUUAAGAUUAAGAAGGCGAUUGAAUUGCUUAGGAAAAUGGGUUCUUUUGGUUGUACGCCUGACGUAAUUACUUUUGGGACUUUGAUUACUGGGUAUUGUCGAACAGGCAAUGUCACUAAUGCCCUUCAGUUAUUUGAAGAAAUCCUUGAUGGGAAUGGGAAAUAUGGUUCCAUUUGUAAGCUUGAUAUUGUUUGUUAUGGUAGUGUUAUUGAUGGUCUUUGCGAAUAUGGGUUAAUAGACAAGGCAAAAAAACUGUUUUUAGAAAUGAAGAGUAGGGGCAUUAACCCAAACGUGGUAACUUACAACUCACUAAUUUAUGGUUUGUGUAAUACAUCUAAUGGGGAGGAGGCUAAAACUUUGUUUAUGGAGAUGUUGGAUGAAGGUGUACAACUUGAUGUAGUGACAUUUAAUGUGGUAAUGGAUGAAAUUUGAAAGAAUGGAAAGAUGAAAGAAGCCAAUAGAUUGCUCCAACUGAUGAUUAAUAGAGGUGUUCAUCCCAACACAAUUACUUAUUCCGCAAUUUUGAGCGGUUAUUGCUUGGAAGGUAGAAUUGACGAUGCAAGAAAGCUAUUUGAUUCUAUGGCAAGUAAGGGGUGUAAGCCUAAUGUUUUUAGCUACAAUAUUUUGAUGGAAGGUUUUUGUUUGGCAAAUAAAAUUGAUGAUGCUAAUGAGUUGUUUGCUUCGAUGUUUAAGAAGGAAUGCAUGCCUAAUGAAGUUAACUACAAUACUCUAAUCAAUUGGUAUUGCAAGAAUAAAAAAGUUAAUGAAGCUAUGAGUCUUUAUAGGGACAUGAUUUCAAAGGAAGUUACGUUAACGGUUGUUACUUAUAGCACCUUGCUAAUUGGCCUUUUUAUGAUUGGUAAAGUUGGACAUGCAAGGAAACUAUUUGGUGAGUUGCAACGCAAUAAUGUUCCACCUAAUUUAUUUGCGUAUAAUAUUCUCAUUGAUGGGUUCUGCAAAAAUGGUUGUGUUUUGGAAGCUGUUGAACUAACCUUCAAAUGUCUCAUUGAUGGGUUGUGCAAAACAGGGAGACUCAAAAUUGCUUGGGAACUAUUUCACAGAUUGCAAAAUAAAGGCUUUGUUCCAGAUGUUGUGACAUAUAACAUUAUGAUGCAUGGACUUUGUAAAGAAGGGAAUUUAGAAAUGGCAAGUAAUUUGUUAUCAGAUAUGGAGCAAAACGGUUGUGCUCCAAAUAUAGUCAGUUUUUAUACGCUUAUGUGUGGUUUCAUGCGAAAUAAUGAGACUUCAAAAGUGGUUGAACUUCUUCACAAAAUGAAUGAGAGAAAUCUGAAGCCAAAUGUAGCCAUUGCUUCAAUAAUUGUAGAUCAACUGGUAAAGUAUGAAACUUAUCGUGAGUUCUUAAAGUUGCUUCCGUCAUUCUCUGCCCAUCAUUUUGGAUCAGCAGUGCAUUAA